AGGAGCGAGAACUGAAGCAAUGGAGGAUUCAGGUACAAUUCUGUGUCAGAUCUCUUCGCUCAAGGAUAUGCUUGAUCAGGUGAACGAAGAAAUUGAGGCGAACAUUCAGGCAACGAGAGAGAUUGAAUCGCAAAUAGUGAAGUGUACGGAAGUUAAAAGCGCUUUGGCUGCUCGAGAAUCGGAGCUGAUGAGAACUGCAUAUGCACUGCAAUUUGAAAUCGAUGGAUUGAUGAGAGUUCAUGCUGAUUCAGAGACCUCUCUCAAACAUUUGGACGAAAAGAUUUGUUGUCUAAGAACAAGGCGCGAUGAGAUACUUAUGAGUAUGAAUAACAGAAGGGAUGCAUUCAUGGCGUCGUGCCUGGCUUUUCAAAAUGAAGUUUCUGUAAAAGAUAAUGAUGAAGUAUGCACUUUGCUAGCAGAGAAAAAGCUGCUACAAAAUGAAGUUCGUAGUUUAAACAAGAAAACCAAAGCAUUGGAAAGUUCAACAACAGCUUUUGUGGAAGAGGUUCUUGAAGAUCUUCAGCAAGCGAAGUCUGCUUGA